AUGUUUGUGACCUCAUCAGUUCCUCAGUCAUUUUCUACUCCAGGCUGGCAGAUUGAGAAGAAGUAUUCGACGAGGGUGCUCGUUGGGAACUGGGUGGAGGAAAGGAGGAAGUUCACCAAAGCCACUGACUGCACCCCCCAGAGCAUUUACAAGAAGGACUAUGUCGUCUUCCCAAACCACAGACCAGAUGAUAUUACCAGGUGGUAUGACAUAAGGAAAAUGGAGGGUCUCCCGAAAAAGCACCUGAUCACCCACCACCAGGAGCCCUCGUACCGUUAUCUGAUCAGCACCUAUGAUGACCACUACAACCGGCACAAUUAUAACCCGGGUGUGCCCGCCCUGCGUACCUGGAAUGGACAGAAAUUGCUUUGGCUGCCAGAGAAGACUGACUUUCCUCUUCCUGCGCCCCCCACAAACUAUGGACUGUUAGAGCAAUUGAAGCAGAAGUGGCUUGUGUCCAAGACUGGCUUGAGAGAAAGCAUUUAUACUACUUCCUACCCCAGGCUGCCGGCGUGCACUAUGUCCAGGAGGGAGCAUGCCAUCCGGGUCCCUCUCCCUCGACUGCAACCCAUCCCACGGUCGUGA